UCCUCCCUCUUCCCAAGCCUCGCUGUGGCGGAGGGAUUUUGGGUGAUUAUGUCAUCGAAAGGACAAAACUCUUCAGUGCCUCUGCAGUGCAGUAACAGCAAUAAAGUCCUGGAGAUGGUCCAGACUAAACGCCUUUUAAGCACGAAUGGAGUAAAGCACAGGAAGAAGUUGUUCAACCGAGACCCGCCCUUCCGCCAGGCUCUCUCUCCCAACAUGGAGAUCCUCGAAGCUAUUAACACACUGGAAAACAGAAUGCUAAUGCUGGAUGGGAUGCCUGCAGUCAGAGUCAAAACGGAGCUGCUGGAAUCAGAACAAGGGUCUCCCAACGUUCAUAAUUACCCAGAUAUGGAAGCCGUGCCCCUCUUGCUGAACACCAUGAAGGCAGAUCCGGAAGAAGAGGCCUUGUGCACAGACCAUUUCCAGACGCAGACUGAGCCAGUGGACUUGUCAAUAAACAAGGCCCGGUCCUCCCCUCUCGCUGCUUCAUCUUCACCAGUAUCCAUCACAGCGUCAGCAUUGUCCCCCUCUUCGACUUCAACGUCUUCUAGUCGGCCAGCUUCAUCCCCAACGGUAAUAACAUCCGUGGCCUCAGCGGCGUCGGCACCAUCGGUAUUAACUCCGGGCCCGCUUGUGGCAUCUGCCUCUGGUGUUGGAGGGCAACAAUUUUUGCACAUAAUCCACCCGGUCCCACCUUCAAGCCCCAUGAACCUGCAGACCAACAAAAUGAGUCACGUACACCGCAUUCCAGUGGUGGUGCAGUCAGUGCCGGUGGUCUACACUGCGGUGAGAUCGCCAGGGAAUGUCAACAACACUAUAGUAGUACCGCUGCUAGAGGACGGGAGAAGUCAUGUCAAAGCACAAAUGGACCCACGCGGCCUGUCUCCCAGGCAAAUUAAAAGCGACAGUGACGAUGAUGACCUGCCCAAUGUGACUUUGGAUAGCGUGAACGAAACUGGAUCCACGGCCCUCUCAAUCGCCAGAGCCGUUCAAGAAGAGAGCAUGUGGGGCUGUGCCAGGUCAUCAGUUAACCCUUUUCGUUUUUUCAACUCCAGUUCAAUUUCACCGUUUAGUAUUGAGAGCACAAGACGUCAGAGAAGGUCUGAAUCGCCCGACUCCCGAAAGCGCCGGAUCCACAGGUGCGAUUUCGAAGGGUGCAAUAAGGUUUACACGAAAAGCUCCCACCUGAAGGCUCAUCGGAGGACACAUACAGGAGAGAAACCAUACAAAUGCACCUGGGAAGGCUGCACGUGGAAAUUUGCUCGCUCAGAUGAACUGACAAGGCACUACCGCAAACACACGGGAGUGAAGCCGUUCAAGUGUGCAGACUGUGACCGAAGCUUUUCCCGUUCAGAUCACUUGGCACUGCACCGCCGAAGGCACCUGUUGGUCUGAAAAA